GAACAAUAUAUAGCUAAUGUAAUAUAGAGUUGGCUUUUGUUUUGAUGAAUUUGAAUUUGAUGGUGUUUUCAACUUGCUGUUUUUUGAUAUGCAAUUCGGAAGGUUUAUGUGAUGUGAAUGGUGUUGGAUCAAUUUGGUUGUCAACUUGCAAGUCUGAUAUACAACUCAUUGGAUCGAUUGGUUUGAGUUAAAUUUGUUGUUCUAACUUGAGAGUUGAAUUUGUAUUUCAAGCUUUUUCUGCUAUCUCUUUCAUCUUUUUUCUUAUUAAUUGUAAGAUAUGUAGUUCGUGGCUGAUGCCAGUCCAUGUGGAUUAUGGAUUGCAGUUUGCUGUGACAACUGAAAUUGCAAUUAUGGUUUCUUUAUGUUUCACAGCACUGUGUUGGCAUUUCAUAUCCAAUGUGAUGGAAUACGCUUCCUUUAUUUCUCUAGCACCUUCUUUGUCGUGUUCUGAAUAAAUUCAUUUCUUGUUCUAUUAUUACCUUCAAUUAUAACAAAAAUGUGAAAUAUUUUGACUGUUUGAUGUGUAUAUGAGCAAUGAUAUCAGAUGUUGUUUCAAUGUAGUUGUGUUCCAGCAGAGUGGCAUUAACAUCAAGCACAUUCCAUUUCACCCAGAACCUUGCUACGUGAAACAUCUGGAUUCCAAGCGUGCUGCCGAUGAAACAUCUGGAUUCCAAGCAUACUGCCGAUGAAAUUCAUGUCGAAGUUCAGAUGUGUUCCUGCAGAGUGGCAUUAACAGCUAGCAUACUGCAAACAUUCAUAACCUUGCUACGUGAAACAUUGGAAUUCCAAGUAUACUUACAAGGAAAUACAUGUCAAAGAUCAGGUGAUGGAUCAAGCAACGACGACGCUGGUAGUGGGAAACAAAAGGCAUCGAAAUCGGUGUCUCGAUCUGCAAAGGCGGGUCUCCAAUUCCCUGUUGGUAAGGUUGCUCGCUGGCUUAAGAAUGGGAAAUAUGUUGAACGUGUUGGUGCUGGUGCACCUGUGUAUCUUUCUGCGGUCCUUGAAUAUCUCUCCGCCGAGGUGUUGGAGUUGGCUGGAAAUGCAGCAAAGAAUAACAAGAAGAAACGUAUAGUGCCGAGGCACAUUCAAUUGGCUGUGAGGAAUGAUGCGGAGCUGAGCAAGCUUUUGGAGAAUGUUACAUUUGCUAGUGGAGGUGGCCCAUCCAAUAUUGACCAGGAUCUGUUGCCUCGCGGCCGCAAGGCUGACUUAGGCAAGGGCGAUAUCGGCUCAGCAUCUAAGAGUUUUUGAAAACAAUUCCUAGUUUUGAUGUCUAUCUAAAGUGAACAAUUCAUAGCUAAUGUAAUAUAGAGUUGGCUUUUGUUUUGAUAAUUUUGAAUUUGAUGGUGUUUUCAACUUUGCUGUUUUGAUAUACAAUUCGGAAGGUUUAUGUUA